CGGAUUCUAGUCGAGAAGGCCGAGGAAAGACGUUGCCUGAGCAACCGCGAGCCGAUCGGGUCUUCGAAAGAAUUGUAGCCGCUUUUCCCGUUCCCGCCAUUAGGAGCAGCCUCUUUGCCGAGGAGUUCGAGAACGAGACACGAGCCCUGGCAGAGCCAGCUGCCAAAGCUCAAAGCUGAGAGGAGAUCGCGAGCAGAGGGGGACCCCGGACACAGACGCCGCCAGCCAGCGACAGAAGCCCAGCUGAGGACGUAGGACCCCCAUCCGCAUCCCACUUUUACACUUACUGGCAACUUCUUCCUCUGAGGCCAGGCGACCAUGACUGAGAAAGACCCAGAGGUGCAUGUGGGAGAUGAUGAUGAUGAGCUGGAUAACAAAUUGAACUAUAAACCUCCUCCUCAGAAGACACUUCAGGAACUGCAGGAGCUGGACAAGGAUGACGAGAGCCUUGCAAAGUACAAGAAGUCCCUACUAGGGGAUGGUCCUGUGGUGGCAGACCCUACAGUUCCCAAUGUGACUGUCACUCGGCUCACCCUGGUAUGUGACACCUCUCCAGGGCCGAUUACCAUGGAUCUCACUGGGGACCUUGAGGCUCUCAAGAAGGAGACGUUUGUAUUAAAGGAAGAAGCUGAAUACAGAGUCAAGAUCCACUUCAAAGUAAAUAGGGAAAUUGUAUCUGGCUUGAAAUAUGUGCAGCACACUUAUCGGACAGGGGUGAAAGUGGACAAAGCAACAUUCAUGGUGGGCAGCUAUGGGCCGCGGACAGAGGAAUAUGAAUUCAUGACGCCUCUUGAGGAGGCGCCCAAAGGCAUGAUGGCUCGAGGAAACUACCGCAACAAGUCCUUCUUCACUGACGAUGACAAGCAUGACCAUCUCACCUGGGAGUGGAACUUGUCCAUUAGGAAGGAGUGGAUGGAAUGAGCUCCACCUCGGUUCCCCUCCCCUUUGCUUCCUCCUGCCCAUUGCACUGUAUUCCAGGUGUGCCAGUCCCUGGCACCUGCAUGCCACGCUUCUUCUUCCGACACGCCCCACCUGGCCCUUUUCCUGUCACAAGAAAUUCUGUUUUAACACAGGCCUUGGGACAGACUCUGUCUCUCCUGCUCCUACAACUGAAAAUAAAUGACAAGGAAUUAAAACUGGGACAGACCAUCCUCUCUGCUUGCACAGGAUCCAUCCUUGAAGUGCCUUUGCUAGGAAGAUGCAUGGAUACUAAUCCAACACUAUUGCUCUCAGGGCAGAUAGGGUGUCCCCAUCAAAAGAUCUAUGGCCAUUAGCCUGUUUUCCUUGCAGUCUGCAUUCGCUGGAAACAUCUUUGCACAGAAGUGGAUUUCUGUCGCAUUUAAGCUUGUUUUUGGAAAAUUUGCCUUUGAAGGUAACAGGAGACACAGUUGCUGCCCUGGCCUGUAAAAAUAUAAGUGUUUGAAAAUAAAGCCAGUUUUGUCCUUUG